CGCCAACCAUUCCGCUUCCUCGACCUCCCCGCCGAACUCCGCCUACGAAUCUACGACGAACUCCUGCACGUCUCCAAACCAAUCGACCUAGAUCCCCUAAACUACCACCAAAUCGCUCCUCGCCUCCGCCUCUUCCUCACCUGCCGCCAGAUCCACCACGAAGCCCACCACGUCUUCUACCGGCAACCCGUGCGCCUGUACCCGACGCACGGCCGCUUCUUCCACACGAAGCGGGCGCUCCUCGAACGCCUGCCGGCGCAGUACCGGCGCGAGAUCACCACGCUGGACCUGCGCCUGGGGCCGGGGUGGAGCGCGCCGCCGCGCAACCAGCACACGCGGGCGGAGCUCGGGCUGGCGGACUGCGCGAACCUGCGGCGGCUGCGCGUCUUCAUCGAGAUCGACCCGAGCGAGCGGACGUUCGACGGCUUCCGCGGCAAGAACGCCACCGAGGACACCUACCUCCGCUUCUGCCUGGGCCUGCUCGACGGCGUCUUCGCGCAGUGCCCCGGCCUGCACGAGGUCGAAUUCGACGCCUACCCCGCCGUCGGCAGGGACGCCCCGCUCCUGACGGGCCUGGUGGCGAGGGUCGCGGAGUGUGGGAGGAGGGUCGCUUGGGGC